GAACAAUCCGCUCAGUGGCGUUUUAGCCACAGAGGCAGUCGGUCGGUCGCAAUGAGCAGAUAAAACACGAUCAACGCGAAAGAUUCGGUCGAAAGAUAAACAGCGAAAAUACGGGGACACAAACAGAGGCGAAUAAACAAAUGUUUGACUAAUCGUAAUUAGAUAAUUAUACCACAAUGGACGCAGUGCAGCAGCAAACAAACAACAGUAGCAACAUCGACAGCGCCAAAUGCCAGAAGCUCAAGAGAUUCGUGAUCGUAGGCCUGCUGAUCACCAUUGGCAUCUUGAGUUGGCACUUCUACGAGUACUUCCACAGCAAACCGCUGCCCAAAACGCCCGAUGACGUCUUGACCCUCUCCAAGAACCUCUACGCGGAGGAGAGCGAGGUCAGUCCGUACCUCUACAAGGUGAAUCUCCAGGGGAAGACCACGUCCGGAGCUCAUGACGAUCGCGCCCCCAGGAAUCUCUUUGAAUUGCAUCAGGACUUGCUGGCCAGGGAUGCCAACUCCACCACCGCCCUGCUCAUGAGGCUCUUCGACAACUACGAAUUGGAUGUGGCUGUGGCGGAGCACCCAACACCCGAGCAUGUCCAGGAGCAGCACGACUUCCUGAGGACCGUGAUGAACACGCGUGUGAUGAAGCUGACCAUGCGCUAUCUGGUCAACAAGGACAUUGUGAGCAUCGAAUAUGAUGAUCAAUUGCGUUUGCUGCAGGAGCUUUGGUUCACCCCAUACUCCCGAGGACGUGGCAUUGUGGGCAGCUCCAGUUUCGAGCACGUGUUCAUGGCAGAGAUUCGGGACCAAAAGGUCCUGGGACUGCACAACUGGCUGUACUUUGCCGACCAGGAGCAACGCGGCAAUGUGGAUUACAAGGGCUGGCUGGUUCACAAGGAAACGGGAAAGCACAACCAAAUGGUUCUCAGCAUUCGCCACACUUUCCACAACCUCAAAAAGCCUGUAAAUGGUUUCUUUGUGGGCACCUCGCCCGAGUUGGAGAUGUCCCUGUACACCGCCUGCUUUUUGACCACGGCGGAGGAGGAACCCUGCCACAUCCAACUGGGCAAAGCCUCUGUCGCGAUUGUCUCACACGCUUGGAACUGGAAUGGCAUGCGCCUGAUAGCCUCCGCCUAUCCCGACAGCUCCUAGAUCAUCGUUCUCAUUCCCCCUUCCUUAAGGAAACUCAAUAAACUGAGUUACUGCUACCUCAUCGAAAACGGCAAAAGGCUAACCUCCAAGCUCAAAGUCAAGUUCAUUUUAUUUCGGCCCUUUACGAGUGCUUCGCUGCCAAUUGACGAGGAUGUCAGUCAGGACAAGCCAUCAUUUUGCCUGUUUUGACAGCGUUGCGUGGCCCAAAGCACUUGGCCUUAACAUCAUGAAGUUGUUUAUUAGUUCCAACAUUAAUAGUUAUUACUCGCGGAAGUUGGGCAAGUGAAAAAGUCAAUUAUUGUUAUGAAAGAUUGUGACGUUUAAGUAUUAGGCAGUCAUGAAAAAGGCCUCUCAUUCGAUUCAUUUCAAGCUGUAUCUAACCAGGAUUCUCAUACUCAUUGUCUUUUAACCAAAAC